AUGGAAGGGUCUCGUGUAGUCAAUGAAGAAGAGAAAAAAAUAAAGCAUUAUAGCAGUGUCCACCAAAUACUGCUGGUAGGUGAGGGAGACUUUUCAUUUUCAGCAUGCUUGGCGGAGGCCUUUGGUUCUGCUGCCAAUAUGACAGCAACUUCUCUUGACUCCAGAGAGAUGUUAAUGCUAAAUUAUUCGAAAGCAAGCACAAACUUGAAAAGUCUGGAGGAUGGUGGAUGCACUAUAUUACAUGGAGUAGAUGCCUGUACUAUGAGCCAUCAUCCUCUUUUAUUUGGCAAAUCGUUCGAUCGAAUAGUCUUUAAUUUUCCUCAUGCUGGUUUCCUUUUCCAGGAACAUGACUGUACACAAAUUGAGAUGCAUAAAGCGCUGGUGAGAGGCUUUCUGGGCAGUGCAAGGAAUAUACUAAAGGAGAAAGGGGAAGUUCAUGUAACCCACAAAACUGCUAAUCCAUUUGAUAGGUGGGAGAUAGAGAAACUAGCAGAGGAAGUUGGGCUGUCCUUGGUUGAAAAAGCAUGGUUUGACAAAUGGGAUUAUCCAGGUUAUCAAAAUAAGAGAGGAUCUGGGUUCAAAUGCAAUGAGAGCUUUCCUGUUGUUUCUUUUCGCUUUAGUCGUUUCCUAUCACCAAUUACUGAAUUACAUUAUAAAUUCCUUCCUGGAAAAGAACCAUUAGGGUUUGAUAAUACUUUGAAUAAGGCCAAUCAAACAGCUCAACUGAAACUUACUGCCAAGUUCCAUGGCAAGUGA